AUGAAAUGUCAGAUUGAAAGGAAUUGUGAGGGGCAGAAUAUCCGCUACAAGACGUGCAGCAACCAUGACUGCCCGCCGGACGCCGAGGACUUCCGAGCCCAGCAGUGCUCCGCCUACAACGACGUGCAGUACCAGGGCCGCUACUACGAGUGGCUGCCGCGGUACAACGACCCCGCCGCGCCCUGCGCGCUCAAGUGCCACGCGCGCGGCCAGACCCUGGUGGUGGAGCUGGCGCCCAAGGUGCUGGACGGGACGCGUUGCCAUAGCGACUCCCUGGACAUGUGCAUCAGCGGCAUCUGCCAGGCGGUGGGCUGUGACCGGCAGCUGGGGAGUCACGCCAAGGAGGACAACUGCGGGGUGUGCGCGGGCAACGGCUCCACCUGCAGGCUGGUGCGGGGACAGGCCAAGUCACACGUGUCUCCUGAGAAAAGGGAGGAAAACGUGAUCGCGGUGCCCCUGGGCAGUCGGAGUGUGAGAAUCGCGGCGAAAGGCCCUGCGCAUCUCUUUAUCGAGUCCAAAACACUGCAAGGGAGCAGAGGGCAGCACAGCUUUCACAGCCCCGGCGUCUUCGUCGUGGAAAACACGACCGUGGAGUUUCAGAGGGGCCCCGACAGGCAGACCUUCAAGAUUCCGGGGCCCCUGACGGCCGACUUCAUCUUCAAGGCCAGGUUCACGGUGGCCAGGGACAGCGUGGUGCAGUUCUUCUUCUACCAGCCCAUCAGCCACCAGUGGCGGCAGACCGACUUCUUCCCCUGCACCGUGACCUGCGGAGGAGGUGAAGCGCGGGGGCUCCCGGAGACUUGUUCUGUUUCUUAAUGUAGGGUGGUCCCUGACCAUUACUGCCAUUACUACCCCGAGAACGUCAAGCCCAAACCCAAGCUGAAGGAGUGCGGCAUGGACCCCUGCCCCGCCAGCGACGGCUUUAAGGAGAUCAUGCCCUACGACCACUUCCAGCCUCUCCCUCGCUGGGAACAUAACCCGUGGACGGCCUGCUCCGUGUCCUGCGGCGGCGGCACCCAGCGCCGCAGCUUCGUGUGCGUGGAGGAGUCGCUGCAUGGCGAGAUCCUGCAGGUGGAGGAGUGGAAGUGCAUGUACGCGCCCCGGCCCAAGGUCAUGCAGACCUGCAACCUCUUCGACUGCCCCAAGUGGGUGGCCAUGGACUGGUCCCAGUGCACGGUGACCUGCGGCCGGGGGCUGCGCUACCGGGUGGUGCUGUGCAUCAACCAUCGCGGGCAGCACGUGGGCGGCUGCAACCCUCAACUGAAGUUACACAUCAAGGAGGAGUGUGUCAUCCCCGUGCCCUGUUACAAGCCCAAAGAGAAGACCCCGGUGGAGGCAAAGCUGCCUUGGCUGAAGCAAGCCCGGGAGCUGGAGGAGACCCGGGUGGCGACGGAAGAACCAACGUGA